AUGGCAGCGGACAAGACGAUGCCCGACGAGGUCAUGCUUCAGUCCUUCAACGAGCAGGUCCUCGACAAGCCCGAGGUCUUCCUCACCAAAAACGAGGCCUCUGCCGAGCAGGCAAAGUCAGUCACCAAAUACCUCUACGAUCUCGGAAAGUCGACUGAGACUGGAUCAUUAAAGAGACAAGGCUCCAUGCUGGAGGAGCUCUUUGUUGACGGAUUCGACAACGACCAGAUCUGGGAGGAGAUUCAUAUGCAAAACACGCCCUUCCUCACGUACCUCAAGUCAGAGAUCAAGAACUUGAAGUUCAGCAAGAAGGCAGAAGCACAGCCAACAUCUGAUCUCGAGGACGAGGACCAAGACGCAGAGGACGAGGAGGAUGAGGCUGAUAUGAGCCUGGGUCUUGAUGAGGAUGAUAUGGGCUUGGAGAUGGACGACACAGAGGGCUUUUCUGGCGAGGACGAUCUCGAGGAGGACUCUGGAUCAGAAGGAUUCGGCGAGGACCAGGAAGAUCUGGAGGAGGGCGAGGAAGAUGAAGAUAACGAGGAUGAUGAGGAGGAAGAGGAGGAUCUGGAUGACCUUGAAUUGCCCGUCAAGAAGAAGUCUAGGACCUCAGAAGUUGACGAUGACUUUUUCAACCUUGAUGAGUUCAACGCCAUGACCGAGAAGCAGGAGCAGGAUGACUUGGACGAGAAGGAGCCCGAUGAGGAAGAGGAGGAGAUUGACUACUUUGCCGAUCCUGAUUUGAUCGACAGUGGCGACGAUGACUUUGAUGAGGAUAUGGAGGAGAACGAAAACGAGGUUGAUGCUCAUGAUGUCGCAUACAAGGACUUCUUCGCACCUGUGGCAAUAGGAAAGACAAACAGGCCCAAGCCCAAUCGUCGACCAGAGCAAAAGGACAACUUUUUCGGAAAGAAGCCCAACGAGGAAGUCAAGGAUGAGGACAUGGAGAUGAUGGACGCCGAGGAGGAGGAGGAGAACGAUGAUGCCGCAGAAGUGAACGAGCUUGGAGACAGAGUUUCUAACCUCUUUGGACUCGACAAGGAGGAGGCCGAGUCUGAAAACUUGUCAAAACACGAGCAGAUGCAGAGGAAAAUGAAGGCGCAGAUUGAGGCAUUGGAGAAUGAGAACGUGGCAGCCAAGGACUGGACCAAGAAGGGAGAGGCUUCAUCUUCAGAUCGCCCCCUGAACAGUUUGUUGGAGGAGGAUCUCGAGUUUGAGACUGUCGCCAAGCCCAUUCCCGUCAUUACCGCAGAAUCGACACAAACCCUCGAGGACAUGAUCAAGGAGCGCAUCUUGGCCGGUAACUGGAACGAUGUCGUCCGCAAGGCUGCUCCCAAUGACAAGGCGUUCAACCCAUCCUCCAGAGUCGAUAUCUCGGACGAAAAGUCCAAGAAGUCGCUUGCCGAAUUAUACGAGGACGACUAUGUCCGCCAGACAUCGACGGCUGGACCAGUGAUGAGCGAACGUGAGGCGGCAUUGGAAAAGAAGCACGAGGAGAUCACAGGACUAUGGCAGGAUCUUUGCCAGAAGCUCGACUCGUUGAGCAACUGGCAUUAUACACCCAAGCCUGCCAAGGCCGAACUCACAGUUGUUACCAACGCACCAGCAAUCAGUAUGGAGGAGGCGAUCCCUGUCGGUGUGGCAGAUGCCGCUAUGCUGGCACCCGAGGAGAUCUACUCUGCAGGCAAGGCACCAGUCAAGGGCGACACAGAGCUGGAGCAGGCAGAGAGGAAGCGCAAACGUUCUGCGGCCAAGCGGGCCAAGAAGGCCGAGAACAAGGAGCGGGCCCAGAAGGAUGCCGAGCGCGCAGCAGAGAGAGAGGCCAAGGACCGGCGGUUGGGUCGCCAGGUGGGCGACAAGGGCAAUGCCAAGACGAUUGUGCGCGACAAGAUGGAUGCGGUCAAGACCUUGUCUGGACAGAAGGGCGUCAGCUUCAUCGACCGCGACGGCAACAAACGGUCGAGUAUCAAGGGUGGACCCAAUGCCGAAGCCGACAAGAGUGCAAAGCUCAAGUUGUAA